CAAGCCACUCAUUCUAAGGAUCAACUCCUUGCGGCAGCUAAGCUUGCAAGGGUUUCCGUGUCGGCGACAUCAGCCCACCGCAGUCAGCAGCUGCAGCUGAUUUGAGCACAACACUGAUGCUGGUGUCAUUGGUGUCGAGUAUUCCACUUGUCGGCAGCUUUGGGCUGCGGCUCGGACUCGGAGGUGACCUCGCCCGCUCGGAGGCGACCUCGCCGUCCCUAGGGUGGCAGCUCCAGUUAGGCGAAUACAAUGAUUUCAUAACUGUUUCUUUGGAAGCUGCUUCCGCUACCGAGGGAAGAGACUUCUACACCACCAGCUACGGCUCCAGCUCGCUCGCGAAUUCGCCCUCGCUCCAGAGCGACUUUCUGCAGUCCGCGACCAACAGCGCAGAGCUGCUGUGUUGUCACAGCAGCGCGCACCGCGGACGCCGCGGCGGCGACGUCCUGGAGGGUACCAUGCGCGGAGGCAAGCCGCGGGGCGGCAGUAGGGCCCACGCGUGAUCAUACAUGAGUCGCUGGCGCUCCGGCUGGCGCCCGCCUGGCCGCCUUGCCGCCUCGCUCGCCCUCAUACCUGAGCUAUGCACCCGGUCCGCGGGCGGAUAUAUCAGAAUCAUCAGUAGCUGGCUGACCUGAGACCGAGUGCGCGGCCAGUCAGGGGAAUUUCGUCUGUUACGUACUUGACUUGCUUGUACAGUAGUAUUUUGAUUGCGCUCAUGCGACAGCUGACAAUCGCGCACUUGCGGUGACGCACUGUGCGUGGCUCGGUGAGGCGGGAUGUAUGCGUGCACGCCGCCGCCCAAGUAUGGUUGCCACCAAGCCAUAAAAAAAUUGGCGGCGUUGCCGCCAAGGAAGCAAAGCGCCAAUGGUUAAUUAUGUACCACUACGUACGUCUCUUCUUCGGGGAUGUGAAGGUGUGCUAUGAAUGUGGGCAGGUUGCGCGCUGCGCGCCGGGGUGGCGCCGUAUAAUACUGUCCAGAGGGUUGGGUUGGGUUCGUUGAGGCUCUGCUGCCUAGAAUAUCCUUAGUAUUUUUGGCAUCGCAGUGCGAGCAUCAGCAAUGCAGGGGUUGCGGAACCAACAUACGCGUGUAUUUGUCGUGGUCAUGCACGCACUGCAAGCUGCAAAUGGCAGGUGUUGCUGGAACGAAUGUGCAGUCUACGGCAAGUGUAUAUCUGUUAGGUAGGGGUGUGAAAUAAAGGCUAGCUGCUGGGCGAUGUACGGUACAUUUCGUACCGGUAGCUCGCUCGUGCAUACAUGCUGUUCCCUAAAGCGCACGACCAGCAGUGCAUGCAUCGCAGCAGGCUCCUGCCACGCUACACGUUAAUGAGCCAGGGGUCUAAUGCAUGCAGGAUGGAGCGGUGACGGGACGGGUUACAUGACGCGGGGUGCCUCUACCGCUGCGAGUCAUCCUAGUGUAUGUCAGCUGACGACUCUGUCUGACCUACGUGCCUGGAGGAUGGGGAACGGCGUGUACAUGAUAUUACUUGCGGCUGCGUGUCCCCGCGAAUCCAUGCAUGCGGCCGUGAUAGCCCUCAGACCGCAACGAAGACUUGUCUAUCUAGGCUCUGGAUGGUUCACAGAUACUUAUUUCUGCGGCAGUGCCGUGUGACGACGUGAGUUGAUGAUUGUUUUGCAACGUAUGCAGCGGCCCCCACUAAUGUCAUUAGACGUACGUUGGUUCGCCCGGAGACUUUUCUCGUACCAGUUGGUGGAUGUAUGGGGAUGGGUUGCAGCUGUUUAAACGUUGCUUGCCUGCUGCCAGUCGAUUCAUGGCCGGCGGAGAUGGAAUGGGUUAUAGUUGCAUUAGCUAUACUAGGUGAUGCAGGACAAUUUUCCGUCAAGGCAGUUGGCAAGAAGGCGCAAACUUUCCGCACGCACCCAUGCUACACGUGUACGUACGGUGGGUUGCGACCAUCUCUACCAGUUUGAGCUCGAGAGCUGUUUGCAUGGAUGGGACCUUGCGGCAUGCACAGGAGGGCGGGCGCAUGGAAUGGGUCUGCCGCGCCGUGCGUGUGCACGUGCUGGGAUGCGCAUGCGUGUUCACACGGACAUGAGGCACGACCGGGAUUGGGGCUGAGGUCAUUUGUUGUCGCCCAGAUGUGCGGCAGAAGUAUCAUAAGCGAGCCGACUUCACAUGUAUGUCUGCAUGCAUGGCGUUCGGCGCCCGGCCGGGUGCCAAUUGCCUACUUGCGAGCGAGCAGGCCCAAGUUCGCAGCAUGCGGGUCGGAUCGCUACUGCCUCAUCUAGGUAUUGCUUGACAUGGACGUGCUAAGGCACGCCCUACCUGCGUCGAGUUUGUGUUUCAGGGCCGCGGGUUGAUGGGCAGUGGUCCGACUGCUGGGACCUACGGCCCGUUGCCUUGCUUGUCGCGCGCUCACUGUACGUUGUGAUGAGUGACUCCGCUUGCUUGCCUUGAGUAGUUGCUUGCGCAUAUACAUGGGGUUGACAACCGUGCUAACCGUGCCCCCGGAGGCAUUCAUUCAUGCGGUUUGCGCUGUUUACGUAGUGGUCUAGGGCGCUGUUAAUGACGAGUGUGGUGGGAACGAAUGCGUACGUAGACCAGAGCGGACGGCGGAGUGGGCUUGCAGGCGGCACGAGAGUAGGCUGUCUACUACGGUACAUUCUUUUACGGUAUUCGCAUGCAGUUACAACCCGUACGUUCUCUGCAUGAUGGGAAACAAAGAGGCGCGUCAUGGCACUUGUGAAGAGUAUGGGGUUGGAGCGCCUCAGCAGGUGCGUACAUGAGUCACCGACACGAGCCCCGGAUGCUAGCUGGCACGAGUGAGUCGUUUGUCGUUCGGUAGGCCUAACGUUUGCAGAUAUUUUUGCAGCUGAGCGGUAGAUGCUUGAGAAGAGUCGGCAGCAAGUAAGCAAGGCCCCAUGGUUGGCUCCGGGCCUGUGAAGCCCUUUACUUGCUCCGGGCCGUGUGUAUGUAUAUACCGGUAUGUAGCCCAUGACAGGAUUGAUGGAUGGUAUGCUUCAGAGGCCCAAUGCUUGCAACCAUCAUUGUAAAGGAUGUAUAUA